GAAACAACUUAUCAAACGGUCUAUAAAUAACAAUGAACACAGAUUGUUAGUUGGGGACGGACGCUGGUAGCGAACAAACAUGGCCAAGCUGUACAAAUUGGACGGGAGCCCCCCGGCGAGGGCAUGCAUGAUUGCCUGUGAGCUCUUCAACGUUCCCGUUGAGCUGAUCGACGUCAAUCUUAUGGCGGGAGAACAUUUAACACCCGAAUUUUUGAAGAAAAAUCUAUUACACACCGUACCUACUCUGGAAGACGGCAGUUUGGUCAUACACGACAGCCAUGCCGCUUUGAUGUACCUCGCAGAUGUAUACGGCAAGCAAGAAUCUUUCUACCCGAAAGAAACCAAGCAAAGGGCUCACGUCAACCAAAAACUUUUCUUCAACAGCACCAUUUUGUUCCCGAGAAUGCGAAAUACAACGUACCCCAUAUUUAUGGAAGGAAUGACUGAGAUCCCGCAAAAGAACCUCGACGCCAUCGAGGAGGCGUACGGCUUCGUUGAGGAGUUCCUGUCGCGGACCAAGUACCUGGCUGGUGAUAAUAUCACCAUCGCUGACAUAGCAGCUUAUCCUACUGUCACAAGCCUUCUUAUAUUUCUGGAGCUCAACGCUCAAAAAUACCCCAAAACGCAGGCCUGGUUAAAGGAUCUAGAAAAACUACCAUACGUUCAAAAAGGCAACGCAAAAGGUCUUGAGGAUUUAAGCAAUUUUAUUAAAUCUAAACUUGGUUAGUCUAUAAUCCGAUGAAGUUUUGUGAUUUUUACGUAAUAUGACAAUUGUAUUUUUCUAUUUUAUCUCAAAUAAAUAAUAUCAUAAAUUUAA